UUUGUUGCCGUCCGAAGCAGAGAGCUACGUAGAAAAUCUCCAGUGUUUUGAAAUAAAGGAAAUUGGAAGCUCUAGUCUGACGUGUUAUGUGUGAUCAACUUGACAAUGAUGUAAUAAAUGUUGCUGAUCGAUUGUAUUCAGAUGGAUGGUUCAACAUGAACACAUUGAGAAGCUGCACAUGCAGGCUGUAGUGAGUGCCUCUCGCAAUGAAGACGAAUUUGUCAAAGAAUUUCUCAUUUCACAUCAGAAGGUCACUACACUAGUGUGGGAACUGCUGACAAUUGAAUUAUGGAAAUCUCACGUGUUUACUCGCUUGAUGAAAAUGUCUGUUGAUCAUGAACCUGAGCAGACAUUUCCUUGCUAUGUUGUGCUGUAUCAUGAGGUAACUCUUGCAGGACUGCUAGAGAUUGUUUUGUACCAUCAGGCAGCAUGCGAAGUGGCCGACGAUGUGAUGCUUGAUGUGGCAGACUUUUGCUGCAGAAAAAUAACAUUUUUAAUAUCCAAGCAGGCCAAGGGUGUCAAUCUGUAUGAAGAAACUGAACUUGAUGCAGUAACAGGUACAUCUGCUACAGGACGGCAGGAGCUGAAACGUCAGUAUAAACAGAUACAAUUUCAAGUUACAGUGAAAGCUGUUUCAAUACUUAAAUAUAUCAUAGAUCAUCUGAACAGUCUUCCUCUCAGUAUCAUGACUCAUCUUCUUAACAAAAAUGAUAUGAUAUGUUGUUUUGUUGAACUCAUUGAGAAUCCUCCAUGGACAGCAAGGAAAAAGGAUGGUCACAGUGUGAAGUUUAUCAAUGGAAAGUGGCAAAAAAUUGAAGACGGCGAGUUAAUGAAACUCACCAAACUGGAAGGCCAAGUGUGGCUGUCUCUUUUCUGUCUUCUUAUGAAUCCUGAUUGUCAGAGAAAAUACGAGUUUAACUCACACAACAAGACCGUUGUGUUGAAGAUCCGUGGUCGUCUGCUGGAAGUGAUUGUUGACCAGCUGCCAUGCUUGAAUGACCUUCAACGCUACCUUGAGCAUCUUGCUUUUAUGGAGCCUCCAGCUGUGAAGAAAGAAGUGGUUUUAGAACAAGUUCCUGAAAUGAGAGAACGUCUUUUGACUGACCAUAAAGACAAGUGGAGAGCAAUUGCUGAACUUCAUGCCACUACCAUUCUAUUUCCAUCAAGAGACGAUGUGCAAAGAUAUGCACAAAGUUUAGCUUCAACAUACAGCCUUGAUAUUCUGGAGAAAUAUGUUUGUGAUUCUCCUAAGUGUGCAUUGUGUGGACAGGAAGCUUCCAAGCGUUGCUCUCGUUGUCAAAAUGAAUGGUACUGUGGAAGGGAGUGUCAAGUAAAGCAUUGGACAAAACAUAAAAUUGCAUGUAAUAUGAUGACAGAUAUGAAGUAGGCAGCACGAAUGCAGUAAAGGAUUGAUGAUAGUACAGAAACGUAGAUGAGCGUGAGCAGAGCGUGAGCAGUCAACACUGCUGAAUGUGGAAGAAGCAGAGUCGUACUGUUGGGGCAUUGUUUUACUGCAUUUGCUCAGUAAGAUGUUAUCAAUAUAUACACAUUUUUUGGAAA